UCUUGGCUGGAUGCUAGCUGGCUAGCUAACAGUCUGUCAACUCGCACACAUUGGGCUAGAAGGGGGAAGCGCAGCGGUGGAGAAGAAGGGCGACCCAAGCGCCGCUACGAAAUGGCCGGACAACAGUUCCAGUACGAUGACAGCGGCAAUACCUUUUUCUAUUUCCUAACGUCCUUCGUCGGACUCAUUGUGAUCCCAGCCACAUAUUACCUCUGGCCCCGGGAUCAGAAUGCUGAACAACUGCGUCUGAAGAGCCUGAGGAGGGUACAUGGCAGGUGUCUGUGGUACCGGCUCAGGCUGAUGAAGUCUCAGCAGAGCAUCGUCCCAACACUAAAGAAAGCAGCCUUGUUGUUUGGGUGGGCUGUGUUCCUGCUGCUAGCCUACAAGGUGUCCAAGCUGGACAGAGAGUACCAGGAGUACAAUCCUUAUGAAGUCCUCAACUUGGACCAGGGUGCAUCUCUGUCAGAAAUCAAGAAGCAGUACCGUGUACUGUCGCUCAAGUACCACCCUGACAAAGGUGGUGAUGAGGCCACAUUCAUGAGAAUUGCCAAAGCCUAUGCUGCUCUGACCAAUGAACAGUCGAGACAGAACUGGGAAAUGUACGGUAACCCAGAUGGUCCAGGAGCUACGAGCUUUGGUAUUGCCCUGCCUGCCUGGAUUGUUGACCAGAAGAACUCAAUGCUGGUGCUGUUGGUGUAUGGACUAGCAUUCAUGGUCAUCCUUCCUGUUGUUGUGGGCACAUGGUGGUACCGUUCCAUCCGCUACAGUGGAGACCAGAUCCUCAUCAACACUACCCAGCUUUUCAUGCAUUUCAUGUACAAGACGCCAAACAUGAACAUGAAGCGGUUGGCCAUGGUGUUGACGGCAGCGUUCGAGUUUGACCCUCGCAGCAAUAAAGAAGCCACCAUACGACCAACAGACAACAUCGAAGUGCCACAGUUAAUCCGUGAAUUAGGAAACAUCAACGUGAAGAAGAAGGAGCCUCCAUUCUGUUAUCCUUACAGCUUAAAAGCCAGGGUCUUAGUGCUUGCUCACCUCGCACGUAUGGACGUAUCAGAGGAGUUAGAGGAAGAUCAGAGGUUUGUGGUGAGGAAGAGUCCAGCUCUCCUGCAGGAGAUGAUCAACGUGGGCUGUCAGCUCACCAUGAUGGCCAACAGCAGAGGAGGUUUCCAUGCUCCUCGACUGGUUACCAUAGAGAAUUGUAUGAAACUGACCCAGAUGAUAGUGCAGGGCCUACAGGAGUCUAAGUCACCACUUCUGCAGCUGCCCCACUUUGAGGAGGAGCACCUCCGCUACUGCAUCUCCAAGAAGUAUAAAGUUCGGACCCUUCAGGACCUGGUGAGUCUCAAGGACUCCGACAGACGCAGCAUGUUGCGCUUCUUGGGGGAGGAGAAGUACGACGAGGUCAUGGCUGUGCUGGGCAGUUUCCCUCACAUCACUAUGGAUACCAAACUGCAGGUCCUUGAUGAUGAAGACAGCAAUAACAUCACAGCGGGCUCUAUUGUUACAGUAACUGUCACAUUGACCAGAAAGAGAAUGGCGGACAUGUUUGAAAAAGAGCAGGAGUCAACGCCAUGUCCAGGAGAGGAGGCUGCCACUACUGAGGAAGCACAAGGAGAUUCAAGUAAAGCCAAAACCAAAGUGUGGCAGAACAAGAGUAAAGGGACUAAGAAGACAGCCAAGUCCAAGAAGAAAAAAUUAACCAAGAAGAAGGCCACUCCUGUGCCCGCCAAAACCAAGCAGGCCAAUGGCAACGUGGCAGGAAAUGAUGUCGUAGCAGCAACAGCAGCAGCAACAGCAAAGGAGGAAGAGGACGAGGCCUCAGACAAGGGCAGCGAGUCAGACGAGGGCGAAGCUAACAAGGAUUCUCCCAGCGAGAGAGACGAAGACAGCGACAAGCAAAGCGACACAGAGGUGGAUGAGAUAGCUGGCGACGAUGAGGAGGAGUGGGAGGCAUUGCAGCAAAGCAUCCAGCGGCGAGAGCGGGCCCUGCUCGAGACCAAGUCGAAGGUGACGCACCCCGUCUACAGCCUCUACUUCCCAGAGGAGAAGCAGGAGUGGUGGUGGCUCUACAUCGCCGACCGCAGAGAUCAGACCCUCGUCUCCAUGCCCUACCACGUCUGCACACUAAAAGACACAGAAGAGGUGGAGCUGAAGUUUCCAGCACCCUCCAAAACGGGCAAUUACCAAUAUUCUGUCAUCCUCCGCUCUGAUUCCUACCUGGGACUGGACCAGAUUAAACCACUCAAGUUGGAGGUCCACGAGGCCAAGGCCAUGCUGGACAACCACCCACAGUGGGACAUCCCAGAUACGGAGGAGGAGGAUGAGGAACAGGAGGACAGCGACGGCAUCGAGGAGAGUGAAGACGAUGACGAGGACAACGACUGAAUGCGGAUAGACACACACACACAAACACACACACACACACACACACUCAGCCUUCUCCCAUGGACUAGCCACCGACCCACUCCUGACCCCACGACAGCACUCGAACAAGGAGCAGCAACUCCUUGCCCACAACACACACACACACUGAAUCAUUGGGGACAAUUUAUACAUACAGAGCCCUCCUCCUCCUUCUUGUCCAUUUUACCCUGAUGACAUGGACUGUGACCCCACCCCCUCCAUUUCCCCCUUUUCUACAGAGACUUGUUCCUUCAAUUUCCUUUGCUGGCGGAAGAGAAUUCUGUGAAUACUUAACCAGGCCCGUGUGUGCGAGUGGCUGCGCAUGUGAGGGUGUGUGUGAGUGUGUGUGCUGUGUGUUUGUAACCUUGUAUGUGUUUGUACAGGUAUGAGAGAUUGACACACUGUGGACUGGAGGACCUAUAAUCUGGGCUCUUUUCUCGAGGGGGAGAGGGGAUGUAUAACAGCUAAUUCCGUUUGCAAAAUUAACAAAAUCACAUGAACUCCGCUCUCGUUCCUAAUUUUUUAAAAUCACUCAGCACAGAUGUUUUCCUCACCAAUGAUACUUUCUAUUGUACACUUAAACUGCAGAAGUGUGAGCUUUAGCCCUGUUUGUUGGGGAUCGCAAUCAAGUCAACCAUUGGGACGUUUGCUCCUUCUUUCAACUCACAGGGGCACAGUUAAGUCUCAUCAGUUUUUUUUUGUUUUUUGUUUUUGUUUUUUGUUUUAAUUUUUCCGCUGUCACACCAGCCAGUCGCUUGUAUGUACUUGUACUUUCUGUGUGUUGAAGGGGAUGUCUACAGAUAGAUACCGAUCUCCGGUCGGUUCUGUUAAUGAUGCCUAUUCUGUCCCUGUGAUCCACAUCAAAUUGUAUUUUUCUGAAAGAGACAACUGUUGGUUGAAAGCAGAUGGUUCUUGAAAUGAAUAUGACCUCAAGUGUAAUGGGGGGAAAAUGACAAAACUUGCAGUGUUAAGAUUUCUUUCUUCUUCUUCAUAUACUACAUAAAAGUUGUGAGUUUUCAGUCUUUUUAAGGGGCUCAGAUACUGAUAUAUAAUUAUAGAUAUAUACAUACUUGUGGCUUUUCAGAGAAGUGACUUACUUUCUCUUCAUCUUUUUUCUUUUUUUUUUUGUACAAUUGUAGCACAUUCCAGUGUAUACUCAUUGUCCAAAAAGGCCUUAUGAAUACAACUGAAAUACCACAACAUACAAGUCUUUGGGUGCUAUGCACCAGUGAUUCUUGGGAGAGCAGGAAAAAAAAAACAUUUAGUUUUUUUGUGUUUGUAAAAAAUCAACUGUGUUUUUCCUUUGUUUCAAUUUAGAAUUAGUCUCACCUUAGUAACCUAUUGCUCCCCAGUCUUGGGAUACAUAUCACUGAUCUUGCCAUGGUAAAGCCUCCAAUAAGUACAGUUUUGUCUGCUGAAAGUGGGUUAGCAGUCAAGCGUGGCAUGUGACUGGGCCUGUGUUAAAGGGACUGGAGUCUGAGGUCCUUGACACACAUGGCACUCGUGAUCCGAAAAGUAUCUCGAACAAAAAUAUGUUGAAAGUAACUUGUAGUAUAAGACUAAGCAUAUUCUGUCCAGCACCUUUUGUCUUUAGUCAUUAAAGCAGAACACAGUUUUGCAAUUACUGCCAUUUCAGAUGGAUUUUUUCUUUUUUUUUCCUCCAACAAAUCUCCUGGAAGAUUUGAUUUUGUUGUGUUUUUUUUUUUUUUUUUUUUUGUAGUUUUUCUGUCUGAAUAAUACAAAGCAGUUCUGACUAAUCGAGAGAAUCCCCUUUCAUUUAAAUGUAGUUUUUUGUUUUUGUCUCAGUUAAACUGUAGUUAUUACAAAUGUUAACCCAUAGGCCUUUGUCUUGUUCCCUUUCAUUCUAACCUUUGUUUUUACAUCUGUUCGACUCAUGAGUGGGGAAAAAAAAAGGAAAAUCAGAGCUUCCUUGAAUUGCUCUGUGGGCUCUCACCGUAUGUUGACGACUCGACAGUUCAGUUUUUAAAACUUAUAACAAAUCUUUCACCAAGAAUAUCCACACAACAGUUGAGUGUUUCUGUUAUGGUAUAUUCUAGUGUCAUGUUAGUGUGGGAGAGAUAAAGGUUUGAAUAUCUGUGGGCAGGCUCUCCCAACACCACAUACACUCACUCACUCACUCACACAAACAAACAAACUGACAUGCGCGCACUGUACCCUCCUGUAAUUGCGUUCAAAGCAGGUGUAUGCUAACAGGUAAUAUUGUACUCUGAGUAUUUAUCGCUCUGCAAUAGAAUGUAGCAUCAGUGAUUUACGCUGUGUGGAAAAAAAAAAAAAACUGCAGUGAGGUUAAAUACGA